AUGUGCUUGGUUGGAAGAAACGAACAUUUCUGGAUGGGAAGAAAACUCUUGUUUAGCUUCUCCCUUCUGUUUCUAUGUCUGGUGUUUUCAGUCACUUUGGAGCAGAUCCUCGCCGGGAAGAAUGUCGUUUCUCAAGCGGCUUCAAGUAAAGAAGUGGUUAUUCAGAAUGGUCAAAAGAAUAAUGGAGAGAUGAAACCAGUCCAGAAUUUCACAACGAUACCCGUCACACAGACUUUCAACUACAAUCUGAGCAAAACCCACUGGAGUGCAUUCAGCCAUCAUAAUCCUAUUAAGUUCUCCAGGGAUGGAAUUCCAUGCGUCCUCUUCUGGACUAAAAGAAUCACAGUUAAAUUUAAGAAUCAGACCUGGCUGGAUCUCACAGAUGAAGCACUUGGUCAAAACACAACAGUGGACACCGGCCACUCCAACUGCAGUGAAGACAGAGCCAUGUUGUCUUUAAAGUUUGGUGAUGCUGAAAAUCCCAAGGACAUAAGGCUCACCCUCAGCAAUCACAACAAGCUGUCCAGCCAGAGUUGGUUUAGUUUACACCGAGUGGAGAUUAUCUUCAACAAUUCGGUGCAAGCAACUUUUAACGCAACCGGUGUCUAUGCUCUGUGGAGUUACUCCUACCGCUGCCAACGGGUCAGCAGCCUGCGGAGGAAGGAUGCCCUCCUGCUGCUUAGCAGCUCAGACGAGGCGACGAGCCUGUGGGAGGUCACGUUUAUCGAUUUCCAGAUCCAAGGCUUCUCCAUCAAGGGGGCCCAGUUUGCACAGGCCCGAGACUGUGGCUCUUUCCUCUCGCCUGCUGUUUUGAUUGGCCUGGCCAUGUCCCUGAUCCUGCUGCUGGUGCUGGCCUAUGCCCUGCACAUGCUCAUCUACCUGCGCUCCCUGGACCGGCACUACGAGUUCAUCACAUCUCCCGCUCACUUCCCGUCCCUGAGGGCGCUAGAUCCAGGGGAGGAGAAGGAGCUGCUGGGAAGCCAGGGAGCUGAAGGCUAUGAGCUGAGGAGCCAACAGAUCUGCAAAAUCUAUACAUAGCAGCACAAGGCUCUGUCUCCUCCCCAGGACCACAACCACCUCUGAAAUACACUAUUCUCUUCUGUCAUGUUUGACUUGCUUGAUUAAAAAAGAAUAAUGGAA